CAACAAUAUUGAGUGGUUGAAUAGUCAGCAGUGCGCUCAAACUGUGACUGCUGUAGCAAAGUCGACCUCGAAGCCUGUCUCUGCCAUAUAAAAAAAUCUCGAGGCAUUUUGCCAUUUACGUUUUCGUAAUAGCCGUGAAAAUCUAAGAAAAAUUUUCCUUUUAAAAAAUUGUUGACUAUAAUUCACUAAUUGGAGAAUAAAUUUAUUUCUCUCUAAUAACUGGAUCCGCUACUUUCGGUGAAAAGAUCGAGACACGAAUUCCUCUCGCUUGUUCCAUGAAGUCCGCUGAGCUGCCGACGCGGAGGAGCGUGUCGCUGCUGGUUAGGCUGCUGGCGCUUCUGGGCGUCGCGGCGCCGACAAUGGCGAUCACCCUGCAGCCGCUGCAAGGUGGAGAAUACGACUCAAGCAACAUUGCUCUGGCAACUAGGAAGCAGGACAUUCAUGACCAGGACGUGCUAACUAAAACCGACUUGGGUAAUUUGCAUCCCAGUAAAUAUCUAGAGGAUAAUUUGAGGCGAAAAGGAGAUGUAGUGUCAGCUGACCUAACUCGCUCUACUCUGGGAGUUUCUAAAAACGUCGAGAUAAUACUUGCAUUGGAAAAAGAACUGCUUGAACACCAGGAACCUGAUUAUUCAAGACGAGAAGUUGAUAAAAUUUUGCUCGAGUGUGAAAAGCGGCACGGAAAGAGCUGUUCAUCUUACUUAUCGCGUGUAAAGUCAAAUCGUGCCAAACGUGAUGCCCAGACUCCUGACACCGGCAGCGAGGCGACGAAUGUCUCUUCUCCGUCUACUGGAGGGUGGACCGCCUCGAAACAAGAUGCCGAAAAGAAAAAUGAAUCUGUUACACAAUUUGUGUUCAGAGAAUUGCAAAAUCUUCUGUACAAUAGCAGAUCACAAUUGCAAGAAUCAAAGGAAGUCAAGUUUCUUGACGAGGUUCACAUACCUACGACCCAACCGUCGCAAACCGAAUUUUUCGGUGAUUUAUCAUCAUAUACAAAAACAGGCCUUACUUACCAGAGCAAUCCUCAAAAAAUAAAACGAACAAAACUCGCUAUCACAACUCCAGCGAAAGAAAAUAGUGUACCAUCAUCAGGGAUACUGCAAACAAAGUUCUUAAGCUCUACACCAAAGACUCGUUUUGACGAGUUUUCUCAUCGACCAACUGCUAUUGCAGCGACUACUGAUUCUUUGUUUGAGUCUGAAAAGAAUUUACCAUAUGAAACGGAGUUACAUUUCGGCGAAGUGACCAAACCGAACGGGCGAUAUACACGCUCAACGACAUCCUCCAGCGCCUCGUUCUUCGACACAAAGAGGUUCUCUAUACCCACACCUGGACCGAUAUUGGUACAGGAAGAAGUUUCAAACGAUAAUGGGGAUUUUGUAAUUGACUACAUCGCAGCUGACUACGAAACUUUGCAUCCACAACUAACUUUGCAAGAAAUUUUGUCUAAAAAACCUCUGCCGUAUAUCGAUGUUAUGACACCCUCUACCGAUACUUUCGUCGAUGGCCUUUACUACGAAGAACAGGACUAUCCAUUGCACGAGUACUUCGUAAUAAGUGAACAUCUUCAUAGUGAGUAUUCUUCCUUGCCAUUGUUCGAAAAACAAGUUUUUGAAGAAACUCAAGUCCCCGUAAAAUUUUUGGAAGGCAAGGGCUCCUCUUUAACUCAUCUAAUCACCACCACACCAUUGUCGAACGAUGAAAUCUAUCAUAUCGUUACAGAAAAUAUCCCUGAAACUUCUACUACCAUCUUCCGUAAACCGACCAAUGCCCCUGAGCAAAUCGUUCAACGGAGACCGACAUCUGAAUUACAUACUAAAAGCCAGUCAACAACUGGCACUUCUACAGAAAGCCCCUACGCUUCCACUGGAAGCACGAACCGCUCAGAAUUUUACACAAAGUUUGCCGCUCAAAUAUCUGCCGCACCCUACAACCCUGAGGCUGAUAUUACCACACAAUCUUACGUACCGCUGAAGUCAGAAUCUGAGCAAAUAAGACCGCCAUCUGUCGAAUCUGUAACAACUCUGAUCUCAACUAGUACGAUAUCAAAUUCGGCUGACCCCCCAAGUAGAAUUCCCUCCAAACCAACCACAGAAAAUGUAGAUUUGACCACUACCCUUCAAGAUUUGGUAACCGCAAUUCAGAGCCAAUUGGGUACCCCAUCCGGUGUAGCAAAUGAGCAAAGAACUGAUAGUCCUAUCCCUAUGCAAGUUACGGUGACUUCGGAUGAACUUACGGUUUCUGGUCCAGAUACCCAGAGCAUAUCAAGCAUACUGGAACAACUACGCAAGCCUGUUUUAAGCCUACUACCUCCGCACACGUCAUUUGUGAGACCAAAUUACGUACCGUAUAAAGGGAGCGAUGUUGGUCCUGUGAAGUUUUCUUCGGUCACGAGCGGUGAGAGAAAAAAUCUGGAGAAACCAUCUGUGACCUCGCUAUUUGCUGAUGACCCUGUAAUCUCUUCGGUGUCUUUCAAGACAAUAAGCGGACCAGAUGAAGUUACUUCCAACACCAAAACUUCCUCUAAGCUGAAUGAACAAACUGGGACAGCUCAAAAUAUUAAACCUACCAAUUCCUACGGAAUACCAGAAAGUUUGAUCGAGUCUGAAAUUUUGAAAACCAAACUAAAACCCGAUGUGACACCAACUCAUAUUUUUGGAAUCCCUAAAUAUAUAAUUGAAAUGGAACUGCAGGUAGAAAACAAGGGUAAAACUGACGAACCGACAAAUGAGGCAAGUGGGACAUAUCAUAGUAAGAUCAACCUUUCCGACAACAAAUUAAUUCGAUAUUUUAACGAUUCUGAUGAUAUUGGGGUUAAAGUUAUCAACGGCCUACCUCUGUCAGUGCUCAAUGCUGAGUUGCGAAAAUCGAAUCCUGGCAACCAGGAGCUUUACUAUGUAGCGGACGUAACCGAUGCUAACGAGUGGAAACGUCAAGAGGGCGUCCCACCUGAUGUAUUACUAACACAAGCCCUUGACGUGGUUGACCAGAAUGCCAAUUCAAAUAUUGUGAAAGCCUCUACUCCACUUUCCCCCGAACCGGCCUCCUCUACUCAGAAGAUAAGCGAAAAUAGCAGUGGUUUCUUGACAGAGUUCAUCGCCUCGUUCUUCACCUGAAUUAUGUCCGAAUAAUUUCGGACACUCGCUUAUGCAGUCGGAUUUUGUAGUACAAGAUAGUGCACGCUUAAAGAGUUUCGCACUUUUAUCUAGGUUUCUACGAUUAAUUAAUAGCUAGAUAGAUCAUUUCAAUCUCAGCUCGCUAUGUAAAAUGCGACGUAAUUUAGUAGUCAUAAUUUGUUAUUUAUUAAUUUAAUUGCAUAUGCUAUUAUAUGGUUAAAUGGUGA